GGUGUCCAUCGCUGGCUAUCAAAACGCAUUCGUCGUAUGGAUUUCUACUUCAGAUACACAAUCACUCUUUGCUUUACGUGUUCUGUACAUGCACCUUUCGUUCUCCGCUGCAACAGGUUUCUUUUAUUCUAGCAUCCCCAGAACGAACUCCCCUCAGUUUCUCAAUCCGAAGACCGAGUUCUCCUUUCGUUUCUAGUCUGAGCCUUUCUUCAUUUGAGACUGGCCUUCCUCUCUCUGCCUCCCAUGGCAGCUUCUUUCAAACCGACAGAUGAAAGCUCGGACGCACUCCUGAAUGACGAUGACUUGGAUUCGAUAAUAUCUGAUGCGAAGUUCACUGCUGAUACUAGAAUUGUAUUCUACGACCCGUGUUUGACGAGUCGCAGAAAUGCCCUUGUCGGAGUGGCAUGCUCAACUAUCUUCAGCUGCUCUUGCAUCAUUGCAGGCAUUGUUACUUUAGCCAAUCACGGAGUCCUCGGAGCAACCGACAUGCCCGCAGGUAAUCUGUUCCUGCAGGUGGAGAUAUUGACACUGGCACUUAACUUAAUCGUCACGUUAUGCACCGAGUCCAUAGGCCUCGUACACGGUAUCUCAUUGCGCUCUGCGCUGGCCUCUGAGUCUCGAUUUCAUUUCAACACCAACCUGCGCCUUCUGACUGCAGCUCGUGGAUGGUAUAACCCUAACGGCACCCUGUUUAAUGGUAUCUCGGCUGUGCUCCUCAUUAUAUCCUACAGCUCGGCUUCACUCGUCGUAUGUUUCGACAAUAAUCUUACCAUCGCCAUCGCAGGGAUGCCUCUCCUCAUUCUAUGUGUCGCACUCCUUCUCCAGGUGAUCAUCGCAUUGUCAGCGAUACGGGCUGUCAAAAUAUUGACGUGGAGCUCCUCACCUUUCGACUUGACCGCCGCACUGGUCCACCACACGCAAUUGACCCAUGUUACUUUGCGGUGCAUGCGUCGUGUGUCUGCCCUAGACGCGGAUGGAGGUCCAGCGAAGCCAUCUAAGAUACAGCCCUCUGCGUGGCAUGCUCACCCUAGCAUCCGGAAAGUUAUCAUUUCUCUUUGGGUGAUCGUUGCAGCAUGCGCUGGAUGGGCCGCACUCGUCACGUAUAUCUCGGACCGGGACAGUCAUUUCAUCCCUAUGACCCCAUAUACGUGGUCGAUCUUACCCAACUGGCGGUCCAGUUCCAUCUGGUAUUCUGUGCCGGGUGUCAAUCUUGAGCUGUGGAUUCUGCUCUUCGUCAACAUAGCAGUUGUCCAGGGGCCCUUGACACUUGGGCUGCAUUGCUCGGAGCUCAUCGCGAAUGUCAUUCGAGACGAAACACAGUGGAGAUGCGCUACCGGAAGGAAAGGACUUAGAAUGGCGAUGAACCCAGUGAAGACGACUUUCACUCACCCGAUUUGUCUUGUACUUUUCGUCGCGAAGCCUUUCCUGCACUGGAUGUUUGGACUUUCAUUCCAGAUAUAUAAGCUCGUCUCUGACGAGAAACUAGGAGGGUCGGAUGUAUACAUGAACACUCCCCAGAUCUGGAACUUAUGCAUAACGCUGUUUAUAUUUGCCUAUUUCUUCACUUUCGUCGCACUGCGCCGACCACAUGGUCCCCAGCCGGCUGCAUACGGCCACCUCCAGACGCUCGCCAACCUCGUGGACGAGUGGUAUCCUGUGAUGUGGUGGAGACACAAGGAUGACGGAAUCCCGUACUGUCAUGCUGGGACGAGUGAUCACCCGCUGCCGCAUGUGAAGUUGCACUGCGUUUAUGCUGGUUCCGGUGUUGAGUCUCUGGCACCCCUCUCGUGAGAGGUAGUUGC